CAACACCCGCUUACUGCCGAAACCUACCAGGAAGCACUACACCAGCGUUGUGUGGAGUAGGGGACUAGCUCUUCACGCUGCUGUCUCUCUGUGUACCAACACCGGUCUCACGUUAAUCAGUACUCAGCGGUGUGAUGCUGUAGUGGGCCUGGCUAUACUUCUUCCAGUCUUUUAGUGAGGUGCCAUCGCCUCUGUACAUGGACCCGUGUGUGUGAGGCGGUCUCGACAACCAACCCGGAUCUGUGACGAUUGAGGUGCCAUCGCCUCUGUACAUGGACCCGUGUGUGUGAGGCGGUCUAGACAACCAACCCGGAUCUGUGACGAUUGAGGUGACAUCGCCUCUGUACAAGGACCCGUGUGUGUGAGGCGGUCUAGACAACCAGCCCGGAUCUGUGACGAUUGGAGGAGGCAACUGACACGGAUGGACAAGACGUUGGAGGACAUGGAAGACGAGACAACAGCGGAUGUGAACCAGGGCACGGGUAGUGUAACCAAUACUGGAAUAGCAGGCGACGGCACGGCAAUCGGUACCAAUGUAAUCGGGAAGAUAGAGGCCAACACAGUUAAUCAGGUGGUUGUCAACAUACAAUCGCCAAAGGAGCAGACAACACAAACAACAGCACGGACAGACGCCUGGGUAGACUCCGAAAUCCAUACAUGCUGCAAGUCGGGGAACCUAGCGAAUGUGAAGCGGAUCCUGACAAAAAGUCGGGUUGACGUCAACAGUAGAGGAGAGAUGAUGGGGACACCGUUGAUGAUGGCGGCAUGGUAUGGACAUAGAGAUGUGGUAGAGUUCCUUCUGAGUCAAAACGCUGAUGUGUCACUGAUGGACCAGUACGGUAACAAUAUCCUUCACUACGCCUGUUGGGGAGGAUAUGUGGAGAUGGCGAAACUUGUCCUCUCACACAACAUGGCGGACAUCAACAGUAGGGGAGGUUGGGGCAGGACACCAGUGAUGUGGGCAGCAAAUAAGGGUCACAGAGAUGUCGUAGAGAUCCUUGUGAGUGAAGGAACAGAUGUGUCACUGAUGGAUGAUUUAGGUAACACCAUCCUCCACUGCGCAAGCGAGGGAAGCGAUGUGGAGACGGUGACGUUUGUCCUCUCAAAAAUGAAGGUUGAGGACAUCAAAGCCAGAAAUGGGGUUGGGAAGACAGCAGCCGAAGUGGCGGAAUACGAGGGCCACAGGAAACUGGUGGAUCUCCUGGUGGAUUAUCAGUGAAGUGAGAGUAGCCUGUGCAGGAGGACGUAGUUUCAUGUUGUGCGGACCCGUGAAGAUUCCGGGGUGGAAUAGGUCUUCAGCAACCCAUGCUUGCCGUAAAAGGUGAUAAUGCUUGUCGUAAAAGGCGACUAACGGGAUCGGGUGGUCAGGCUCGCUGAC